AUGGACCACUAUGACGGGACCACCGAUCCUGAAGACCACGUCCUCAGUGUUGAGACCAUGCUCGACUACCACUCUGUAAGCGGCGCCAUCAAAUGUCGCAUCUUCCCGACAACUCUGAGGGGAGGCGCAAUGACUUGGUACAAGAAUCUUCCGAGGAAUUCGAUCCGCUCCUCGGCCGAAUUCAAAGACAAAUUCUCUCACCACUUCACCGCGUCUUGUCGACAUCCAAAGACAGAAGCCUCUCUGGAAGCAAUAGUCCAGGGACCGACCGAGUCCCUCCGAGCCUUUUUGGACCGAUUCAACCGCGAAGCAGUUCAGGUGCCCACGACCGAAGAAAUGAAGUUAUAUCUGCUUAAUAAAGGGCUCCGACCUGGCAGCGACUUCCACAAAGUUGUCGGCAUCGAAAAGCCACGAACCCUGGAAGACCUCCUCAUCAAAGCUCAAUCAUACAUCACCUAUGAGGAGAGGGUCAAUCUCCUCGAAAUGAAAAAAGCUCUAGGCGCGAUGACACGACUCCCCGCCGUGGCGGAGAAAAAAGAAGGGAGGAGAGAUCCAGAGACAGCAAAGAGAACCGAGGCCCAUUUGGACGCUUCACAGAAUAUACACCUCUCACCGCUCCCCGCGAGCACAUCUGGAUUGAAUGCAGAAGCACCAAGUUCAAGGACGGUGGUGUCCGCGUGCCAAAACCGGGGGCGCCAAGACCAGGAGCCGACAAAUCCAAGUGGUGCAAGUACCAUAAAUCCUAUGGACAUCUGA